AGAAACAAUUCGAAAAUGAGCAAAGGAGAAAAGGGAAGUAACAAACUGCCAUCGCUGGAUAAACGUCAUAGAGGAAUAAAAGACGAGUGCGGACUGCAGCAGAUCCUACCGGUCCUUUUCUCCUCCUCUUCGUCUCCUCCCCGCAAAGAAAUCCCAGCCCGACAGAUAGUGUGGUGAGAUAAUUAAGAGACAUUUCUAGGGUUUUCGCUUUCUAGGGUUUUCGAUUUUUUUUUUUUCCUCAGAGUGUGAGACAGGGAGAGAUGGAAGGUCCGAGCAAUGGUGGAAUGUUGUACCACGAGGUGCAAGAAUCGAAGCUCUGUGCAGUGCAUUGCGUGAAUACGGUGUUACAGGGACCAUUCUUCUCCGAGUUCGAUCUGGCCGCUCUUGCCUCCGAUCUUGAUCGCAAGGAGCGCCAGAUGAUGCUUGAAGGUGGUGCCGUUUCUGACGAUUUUCUCCGCUUCGAUUCUGAGGAGUCGCAUAAUGUCUCCAUGGAUGGUGAUUUCAGCAUCCAGGUUCUACAGAAGGCUUUGGAGGUCUGGGAUCUGCAAGUAAUCCCCCUUGACUGCCCAGUUGCAGAGCCUGCUCAAGUUGACCCUGAGCUGGAGAAUGCAUUUAUCUGUCACUUGCAGGAUCAUUGGUUUUGCAUCAGGAAAGUAGAUGGAGAAUGGUAUAACUUUGACAGUCUCUAUGCAGCUCCUGAACACCUCUCCAAGUUCUAUCUUUCAGCCUACCUUGAUUCUUUGAAGGGCUUUGGCUGGAGCAUUUUCCUGGUGAGGGGAAACUUCCCAAAGGAGUUCCCUAUCUCAUCAUCAGAAGCUUCUAAUGGUUUUGGACAAUGGCUCUCACCUGAAGAUGCUCAAAGGAUAACAAGAUCUUGCAACAUGGCUCAUUCUGCUCCUAACAGAACUAACAUGUCCCAACCAAGCUCUGACCCUUCUCUGACAUUCAGGGAAGAUGAGGGACUUUCUGACAUGGAAGAUGAAGAUUUGAAGGCUGCUAUUGCUGCCAGCUUGCUGGAUUCUAUUCCAGCUAGUGCUGAAAGCAACACUCCUAAAGACAAGGAUCAAUAAAGCCGUUGAAUACAUGCAGAAGAAACAAUUGCAUCUGAGACUCCAUUCCCCAACAGCACAGAAACUUGUCUGUUUUCAACUGAAAAAAAAAAUGUUUAUUUGGAUGGAGAGUAUAAUCCAAAUCUUACCACUGUGCAGCAUGCGUUUAUCUUGUAUUCGUUAAUGUUCAAAGUUACAAAGGCUUCUGUAAUAAAAAUGUUCUAAAGGUCGUCAUAACAGUUGUUAUAUAACAUUUGGGAGUUGUGAAUUGUUGGAGAUCCAACUAGGUGUGAUGAUCUGGAGUUAUGGACUUUGUUUUAGCCUCUUAAAAAAGAGUGGGAGGAAGGAGAGAAAGUUAGGUCAGGUUUAGGACCAAUCUUAAGCAUGAACCUGAGGUUCAAAGUAUGGAGACUCUUGAUGUGAAAAAAUUGUGUAAAUUACUAAAUUGUGUAUCGAAAGCUCUUUUUUUAA